CCUGUUCUCUAUUCACCCCCUCCUAGCUUGAGAAUCACGCAUGCUUUUGCGGCACAUCACAAUUCGACAUCCGAUCACUCACUCAACACUCGAUGGCCUCUACCAUUUCACCAGCAGCCCGCCGGAACCGUCGCCGGCCUGUCAAAUCUACAGGGGUCGCGAGAGAUGAUUCAGACGACGAGCUCGGUAUCGACGACCUUCCUUGGGAAUGGAUUUACGAAUCUACAGACGCUGGAACUCCAGACCACACUAGUAGCGAUGCUCAGAAUACUCGAAAGCGCAAAAGAACCAGUGGCAAGGCUCCUCUGAUCAAAGGCGCCCGGAUGGGCAAAUUUCAAUGUCACAUUGGGGAUUGCGUUCUCCUGAAGGCCGAAGGUUCGAAAGAGGCCUGGGUCGCGGUUGUUUGCGAGUUCAUGGAAGCAGAUGAUGGCGAAAAGGCAGCUAGCUUUAUGUGGUUUUCGACAGAAAAAGAAAUUCGCAACAAGGAGAGGAAACGGUUGGAUUCUUUGCCUAAUGAACUAUACAUAUCCCCCUCGUGGGACGUCAACCCCCUCGCUGCUAUCAACGGCAAAGCUCUGGUUUUGUCACAUCGAGACUUCUCAUCAAGAUACCCGUCAGGAAAGGUGCCGCGAUCCUCGUCCGACUACGGGAAAACGUUUAUAUGCCGCCGUGCCUGCAACACGAGAACGGCGACGUACACCGACGAGUUUGAAUGGGAAGACAUUUAUAAUGCCAGUGAACGGGGCGUCUACAACUUGAUUGAGUUUGUGAAAACCCAUACCAAGUCGACUCGAAGGCGCCAGUUAGCACGAGACUCAACACCCGAGCAGCCGUAUGCAACCUCGGAUGGAGCCCAGGGUGCCGUAACACCUAGACGGACAGCCAAGUAUGGGACUUCUACACCACGAGGAGGCAAUCGUACAGUUACCACACCGUCGUCUCGCAAACGAAUCAUGGUUAAGAAGACACUCGAAUUCACGCCCUUGGGCACCAGAAAGCUGUCUCUAGACUACCUGCAGUCGUCGCCAUUCCAGCUAGCCCGGUCCCAACUGCAUGUUGCCUCUGUGCCAGCAAGUUUGCCUUGCAGGGAGAGCGAGUUCAGCAUGGUGUAUUCGUAUUUAGAGGCCGCCAUCGCGGACGGUAUAGGAACAUGCAUCUACAUUGCUGGAACGCCUGGAACUGGGAAGACAGCGACGGUACGGGAAGCUAUUUCCCGUCUGGAUGAAUGCGUAAGGGCUGAUGAGCUUGACGACUUCAUCUUUGUGGAGAUCAAUGGCAUGAAGAUCACCGACCCUCACCAGUCCUACAGCCUUCUAUGGGAGGCCCUCAAGGGCGAACGUGUCAGCCCCACACAAGCCAUAGACCUCCUGGAGAGGGAGUUCAAUAACCCCAGCCCUCGCCGCACGCCAUGUGUCGUUCUGAUGGACGAGUUGGACCAACUAGUGACGAAAAACCAAAGCGUCAUGUAUAACUUCUUCAAUUGGCCGGGCUUGCGGCACAGCCGACUCAUUGUUCUGGCUGUCGCAAAUACAAUGGAUCUACCCGAGAGAACUCUCAGCAACAAGAUUAGCAGUCGUAUAGGCUUGACAAGAAUUACUUUUCCCGGCUACAAUCACGAACAACUCAUGAAAAUUAUCCAGUCCAGACUUGAGGGUGUGCCUGGAAAUGUUGUCGAGGCAGAUGCCAUUCAGUUCGCUAGCCGAAAGGUAGCUGCGGUAAGCGGUGAUGCCAGAAGAGCCUUGGACAUUUGCAGGCGAGCCGUUGAGCUCGCCGAGGCCGAGAGUCGGACCGAGUCUUUAGCAGCAGGCCAGAAGGGGCGGCGGCCCGUGGCGAGCAAUGGCAAGGCAUUCGUGUCGCCGGUUAAGGUCACAAUAGCAACAAUCAAGAGGGCGAUCAAUGAGGCAACCACCAACCCCACGCAGCAAUAUUUGCGGACUUUACCACUCGGACCCAAGCUACUUCUCAGCUCGCUUUUGGUCAAAAUACAAAGAAACGGUACUAUCGAGACGACAUUUGGGGACGUCAUGGAUGAGUUGCAUCGCAUCAUGAAGCCGGAUUCAGGAGCAAUGGAUUCCGUCAUCUCGGCCCUCACAACCAAAACGCUAGUAGGCGAUGCCGGUCAGGUCAAGGAGAGCAUGCGGGUGGCUGAGGCUCUGGCUCUUAGGCAGGCGGCGAUCGAGCUGGUGAGUGCAGGCAUCAUUGUCUUGGAAGCGCACAAAGCGGAGAGACCUAGCAAGAUGCGCCUCGCUGUGGGAGACGAAGAAAUCAAAAUGGCGUUUCGGGACGAUGGCGAAGUAAAGGCCCUGGGGCUGCACUUUUAGGUCACUAUACCACAGGAGCACAUGUAGUAGACUCAGCAGUUGGGUAUCUAUUAUUAUGGCAAUACAAGCCUUUUCCCAUUGCUGUUCCGUACUUAAUC